CAGUUCGUACCCAGAGCAUGGUUACUCGCUCCCUGCCUUUGCUGAUUGACGGCAUCGAAACCGAGAUUGACCGACGUUUCCUGGAUCACUUCGUCUACGGCUUCAGUCGCGUCCUGACCCUCAUCAACGAUGACUCCAAUCCGUUCAAGGAGAUCCUCCUUCCGAUGGCCACCCAGCACCGGGGCUUGAUGCACUCCCUCAUGUGUCUCUCCGGGUCACACCUAUCCGCACUCGACCCGGAGCCGAAGCUGAAGGAGCGAAAGUACUACCAUUUUCAUCGUGCCAUCAGAGACCUCAAGGACAAUAUCAAAACGUCUCAGCAGGUGGUGCAGGGAACUCUGGAGGAGCCGAAGUCUCUCGUGGAAGACCCCAUUAUUGCAUCCACGAUUGCUCUCAGCCUGAACACCAUCUGCGAGGGAGAGACGAAUGGGGAAUACCGACCACACAUGGAUGCCGCCAGGUAUCUGCUCACGACGCAGGCGCCGCGGAAUGAGAAGUUCCGACAGUUCAUUGUCGAGUUUUUCCAAUACCAUGAUGUCUCCAACUCCAUCACGUCACUAGAUCGCCGCCCAGCCCUCCAAGGGGGCCUGCGGCUGCCCGACUUUGUGCCACAUGCGCAAGCAGGGAUGUUCCUGGGAGUGUUUGAUGGCCUCUUCAACUACAUCUCCGAAGUGACGCGAAUUCGGGAUCGGAUCCGACAGCGGUCCAAUGAAGGCUACGAGCCCGCUGUCGACUACCAGAUCUUAGGGGAUGCCGUCUCCAUCGACUCGGCCAUCCGGGCCUGGGAAACGUCGUAUGCGCCCAACACUCCAAAUUACUACCUGGCCCAGCUGUAUCGCCAGUCGACUUGGGUGUAUCUGUAUCGCACCAUCCGGCCGUCCCGACCCAGCGAGAAAAUCGCACAGGUGGUCGACGAUGGCUUGGCGUUUCUGGACCAGUUGCCCCAAGAUGCAGGCGCCUACAGUAUUGUGCUGAUGCCACUGUUCCUCCUGGGGUGCUCUGCCUUCGUUCCUCGCCAGCGGGAGAGGAUCAAGAAGGGCUUCGAAACUCUCAAAGCCUACUCCAACCUUCGCAACAUCGAGCCCGCCUUCAAGGUGGUGGAGCGGGUGUGGGAUGUGAUGGAUACGAAAAUCGAAGAGAGUUGGGACUGGGAGAAGAUCAUUAACGACAUGAACAUGGAUUUCCUGAUUACCUAGGCUGCGCUUGAUGCAUCCUUUUUUUUUUUCAUUUUUUUCUUUUCUGGUUCAUUCCGGUUGCAUAAUCACCAGUUCCUGGUGUGUUUCUUUGGUUCUCUGAGCCGUUUGAUGUAUGUAUUUCUUUCUUUCUGUUCUUUUCUUUGUCUGCCGAAUGGCGA